AUUCUUGCAAUUCCAGCAAUCCCAUUAACUAUGUCGGCGGGACUUUUAUUUGGAAGUGUCACAGGGACCAUCAUUGUUUCAAUCAGUGGGACGAUGGCUGCAUCAGUGGCCUUUCUUAUUGCUAGAUAUUUUGCCCGUGAACGUAUUCUCAAAUUGGUUGAAGGAAACAAAAAGUUUUUGGCAAUUGAUAAGGCAAUAGGAGAGAAUGGCUUCAGAGUUGUUACACUCCUACGCUUGAGUCCUUUGCUCCCAUUUUCUCUUGGAAACUAUCUAUAUGGUUUGACAUCGGUGAAGUUUGUGCCUUAUGUGUUAGGCAGUUGGUUGGGGAUGCUUCCAGGAACAUGGGCUUAUGUAAGUGCAGGAGCAUUGGGGCGAGCAAUCAUUCAAGAAGAGUCAGAGGUGGGCUUACCAGGAGGAAACGGCCAAUUGGUGACUCUUGGGCUAGGCUUGUUAUUUACAGCCAUUGCUGCAGCCUAUGUUACUCGGCUUGCGAAGGAUGCUGUGAAGGAUCUUGAAUAGAAGUACAACUCUUUGCCACAAGUUACAAGCAAAUGGGUAAUUCCCUAAUACAAAAUUAAAUUUAGAAAGUGUACAACUGCCUUGUACAGUACUGGCAUCUUUUUGAUACAUCUAAUAUAAUGCAAUUAAUUUUUCCCAGUCAUUGUUCAUAAAAAGUUCAAUGACUUAUGAUGUA